GGCAGUCACACCGGAACGAGCAAGUCUGGCAAAACAGCCGAACGGAACAACAAAAAACAUUUGUAAAAAUGACCCGUCGAGGCUCGUUCUAAGCGGAUUCACAGCGCAUUUCGAGCGUAGUCAGGACGCAGGAGCAGCCAAGCAGGCCGGGAUUAGGACCGGGAGGAGCAGGAUCAUCGGGCGAACAGAGCCGCAACCCACACUCACACACACACGCAACCGUAUACCGCAGUAUUUUCACACACACACUUGAGGGUUUUCUCCACCACCACUUGAUUUAUCCGCAGCCUGGACAUGACGGACAAGGAGAGCGAGCAGUGCACCGUCUCGGUCUUUGACCAGACACCCGGCUCGGAGCAAAAGAAGAUCAACGUAGUGGUCCGCUCCCACUUCACGGUGAACCGCGUGAUUGACCUAAUCGGCACCCAGUUCUCGUACGGAAAGUUCGAGCUGUUGCUGCAGCCACACGAUAACAAGGAUUUGGUAAAUCUGAAUGCCGUGAAUUCCCAGCUGAUGUACGAAGUGGAUGGAUUUGAGCCCCAGCUGAAGAAUCACUUGAUCCUGCUGCCCUCCGGCAGUUGGGAUGGCGACGUGACCAAACGCUUUGAGUUACCCAUUAAGAAAGUGGUAGUCAAAAAGGUUAUAAAGUCAGACGGAGAGAAGGCCAAAAGUCCUGCGACUGGCGAGAAGAAGAAGCGCGUAGUUGGCGAGAAAACCAAAAAGAAGCCAGCAUCGGGAUCUUCCUCUCCAAGCAAGACAAAAACGACGAAUGAGGACUCCUUGGCCAAGACCAGCAUCAGCUCUGAAUCAAGUCCCGAGAAGAGUUCCAAGAUCAAGACCACUGACGAAAAGAUCGCCGAGCCCGUGUUAGAACAAGCUCCCAAGGCUAGCCCUGAAGAAAGUCCCGAGCUAUCUACGGAGAGAAGCUUAAAAAUCACUUCUUCGGAGAGUCCUGUUGCCAAGAAGACGGCCAAGGUCACUUCUAAGCCGACCCUGGAGUUGCUGAGUCCAAUCAAGCCGUCAUCACCCAUCAAAGAGCUUGACUGCGAACCAGUUGACACUCUGAGCAAGCAACAGCUCUCUGAGCAACUGCAGCUGUAUCCACAAGGUAGAAACCUAAUCUCACCAGUGGACGAUGGUCCUUCCGAUCUUUUUAUCUCGGAUGCCGAACAGUUGUCGGAUGACGACCUGGCACUGGGCGCAUCUGCUAGUCCGACAAUGCUGGGACCUGGCUACGAUUUUGGAGCUCCGACUGGCGACUCGGACGUCGAGGGUGUGACCGGAGUGGUAGACCCAUCUACAAUUGGAACCGACGAUGGUACGUACCCGGCUCUGUCUAACUUCUAUCGUCGAAAGUAUGGAGGUGAUGAGUUGCCAGCAUGGCAGAGAGUCAACACAACUGCUGCGGACUUCGUGUCCUCGGCCACCACAGAAACUGAGACAGAGGCAAGGCAGCCAAGCGUCGGACCCAGGGGAUAUGUUGGGUUGGUCAACCAAGCCAUGACCUGCUACCUAAACAGCUUGCUGCAGGCACUUUUUAUGACACCCGAGUUCAGAAAUGCUCUGUACCGCUGGGAAUUCGAUAAUGACAACGAGGCCAAGAACAUACCAUACCAACUGCAAAAGCUCUUCCUUAACUUGCAGACCUCGCCCAAAGCGGCGGUAGAAACCACUGACCUGACCCGCAGCUUUGGGUGGGACUCGACGGAGGCCUGGCAGCAGCAUGAUAUCCAGGAACUGUGCCGAGUUAUGUUCGACGCUCUAGAGCACAAAUUCAAGAACACUAAGCAGGCAAAUCUCAUCUCGAACCUGUACGAGGGCAAGAUGAACGAUUACGUGAAGUGCCUGGAGUGCAAUACGGAGAAGACGCGCGAGGACACCUUCCUAGAUAUCCCGCUCCCUGUGCGGCCCUUUGGAAGCAGCUCCGCAUACGGCAGUAUCGAGGAAGCUCUGCGCGCCUUCGUUCAGCCGGAGACGCUCGAUGGAAAUAACCAGUAUCUGUGCGAGAAGUGCAAAAAGAAAUGCGACGCUCACAAGGGACUCCACUUUAAGUCCUUCCCCUACAUCCUCACGCUGCACCUUAAACGCUUUGACUUUGACUACCAGACCAUGCACCGCAUCAAAUUAAACGACAGAGUGACCUUCCCUCAGACGCUCAACCUGAACACGUUCAUCAACCGGAGCGGAAACAGCGGUGAGCAAAACUCUCAGCUGAACGGCACCGUGGACGACUGCAGCACGGCGGACAGUGGAUCCGCCAUGGAGGACGAUAACCUGAGCAGCGGCGUGGUGACCACUGCGAGCUCUAGUCAGCACGAGAACGAUCUGAACGACGAGGAUGAGGGCAUCGACAUGAGCAGCAGCACCAGCAAGAGCGCCAAGCAGGGAUCCGGUCCGUAUCUGUACGAACUGUUCGCCAUCAUGAUCCAUUCGGGCAGCGCUUCCGGUGGCCACUACUAUGCUUAUAUUAAGGACUUCGACAACAACGAGUGGUUCUGUUUUAACGAUCAGAACGUGACUAGUAUCACCCAAGAGGACAUCCAACGUUCGUUUGGCGGACCCAACGGCAGCUACUACUCCAGUGCCUACACCUCCAGCACCAACGCAUACAUGUUGAUGUACCGGCAGGUGGACGCCAAAAGAAACGAGCAGGUCGCCAAGGUGGCCGACUUUCCUGAGCACAUCAAAACGCUGCUGCCAAAGCUGCACUCGGAGGAGGAGACGCGCGGUACCCGCCUGGGCAGGCAUAUCACGGUUACGGACUUGGCUCUUCCGGAUUUGUACAAGCCCCGCGUCUACUUUUAUAAUCCCUCCCUGAAGAAGAUGAAGAUUACCAGGGUGUACGUAUCGCAGAGUUUCAACAUCAACCUGGUUCUCAUGUCAGCCUUUGAGAUGUUGAAUGUGGAGCAGUUCGCGCCGCUUUCUCGCUGUCGCUUGGUGGCCUACAACUCCUCAAUGGACACGAUUAUCCAGUCCCUGGAGGGUUGCACAGAUCCAGCUUUGACAGAACUGCGUGCGGCGCAGAACUACAGUCUCGACUUCCUGCUGGAGUACCGGGCCGAAGAUCAAGAGUUUGAGGUUUACCCGCCGGACGGCCUUACGUGGUAUGUUUUUAAGGUAGAUCUAUCGACCAUGGCGAUGGACGGUCCCUUCCUGGUUUACUCAGCAGCGCGGGAGCGGGAAGCCAGCGACGUCCUUCGCCGCUCCAUCGCCCUCCGUUUGCACAUUAGCGAGCAGCAGUUCCUACUCGCCACGGUGCGCGGCACGGUGCCGAAGGCAUUCGUGGCCUACGAUCCCCAUCCGUCGCCCGAGGCCCUGCAGCACCUUCAGAACAUGGCCAACACCCAGUUUAAGUCCAUAACAUACUUCUACUUGAACGUACCCAACACGGAUGCCGCCACCCUUGAGAUGCUCGGUGUGCCCAGCGUUGAGUCCAUCGAGUCCGCCAGUGGAGGUGAUGUUGUCGAUGCUGCAAUGAUGAAUGGCGUGGCACCUGGUCACGUGUCCUCCAGCAACGACUGCGAUUGGAGGCGCUACAAGCGAGAUCUCCUGGAACCCAUGGCCCAACCCAGUCCCAGCCACGGCCACGAGUCAAACUCGGAGGACAGCAGUCUAAGUGACGGAGACCGAACUCUGGUGGAGACGGACAACAUGGCACAUCGCGGUGGAGGCGACAGCCAAAUCAGUUCCACCAGUCAUUCGCCUCAGCUGUCUAGUCCGGAGGACGAAGCAGCCUCCCACGAUGCCAUGAUGCGGGUUCAUGCCUAUUGCAAUGGAAACGGCAGUUAUGCGGCGGCCGAUGUGGUGGAUCCCCUGCUCCUGCCCACCAGCACCAACCACUUCUUCUACGCUACAAAGGUCGAGUGUGUGGAUGUGAUCGGCACCGGUUCCAGUUCGGGUCACCAGUCCGACGAGGAGGCUCAGCUGCGUAAGCCCACGCGUGCCUAUAAGCUGCUGGUGGGAACACACAUGCGCAUGGGCGCCUUUAAGAAACACAUCGAGCAGCUGAUCCAAGUGCCCACUACCUACUUUAAACUGCAGCGGAAGCAUGAUAACAAUCUUUCCAACAACCAGAACAACUCGUUGGUCCAUCUCAUAGAAGGCGAAACACUGACGGUGGAGUUGGGUAAGACACUGGAGCCGGACGAGUUUAAGGCCAAGAUUCACUUUCUGCGAUUGGAGGACAUUGACAAUGAGACGUCAAAACUGCCAUGUGUAUGCGAGUGGGUGUCCAAUACCAACACCACAGCGGAGCAGGCCAAGAAAGAUCUGGUGGCCAAACUGCACCGCAUGGAUGCCAAGUACGCCACGCUUACUGUGCAAAACUGUCGCAUCUGGCUGAAGGGCGGGCGUAUUCCCAUAAAGAUUCUGUCCAACGACGAAACGCUCUACAGCGGGCUACUGGGCGCCACUAUCGCAGCGGAGUUCAUUGUGCAAGAGUGCGAGGAGGGAGUGGACCCGCAGCCCAAGGACGAUUCUCUGACUAUAUUUGUUAGGCGGUGGUGUCCAGCUAAACUGGAGUUUGGAAAGUUCCAAGAGAUCACUUUGGACCAGGACAGUGAAAUCAGACAUUCAUUAUCACAGAUCAGCAACAUCACAAUAGACAAACUGAGCUAUAUGAAGUUGAACAGCAACUUCCCCUGUACAAGCAUAUCAGCGUUAAGUGUUAACGAGUCCAGCAGUUGGUACUCCGUGCCCGCCACCCUGGACAAAUAUCCGCUUAACACCACACAGACGGGAAACAUCUACCUGUACAAAGAUAGGACGGUACCUGCGCGAGAGCUGACGCUGGAGGAGCGACGCAUGAUGAACGCCAAGGAGAAGGCACGACUGGAUCGGGUGGGUUGCGUGUCCACCACGCGAUAUUCGCAGCGUCGGGAACGUGCCCUGAAGAUCUACCUGGACUCUCCGGAGAAGUCAAGCAACGUGACCGCCUCGGCACCGAUGGAUGUGCAUGUCAAUAAUUAAGUCUGGCGAGUAGGAAACAGUCGCGAUCAUAAAAAAAGUACACCCAACCAUGUAUGUAAGCGACGUCAGACCAUUAAAUCCCAGAUCCUGUUUUAAUCA